AAAACAUCGCUCUAAACAGAGAAUUGUAAACUGGAAUUGUGUGCGGACAACGGACAGCGGACAGCGGAAAACGGACAACUGACUGUGUGAAAUUUUAAACGACUUCGCAAUGCCACGCCCAUUGAAAAUGACCUACGGUGAUCAGAAGCCCCCAUACUCGUACAUAUCAUUAACGGCCAUGGCCAUUAUACAUUCGCCGCAACGAUUGCUGCCGCUCAGUGAGAUAUAUCGAUUUAUUAUGGAGCAGUUCCCCUAUUACCGGAAAAACACGCAAAAAUGGCAAAACUCAUUGCGGCAUAAUCUGAGUUUCAACGAUUGUUUCAUCAAAGUUCCAAGGAAUGUGACGAAGGCGGGCAAAGGAUCCUACUGGACCCUCCAUCCGAUGGCCUUCGAUAUGUUCGAAAACGGCAGUCUGCUGAGGAGACGGAAGCGCUUCCGCGUCAAGCAGUUGGAAAAGGAUAUAUCGAAUUGGAAAUUUGCCGCCGCCAAUACAGAGAUGGUAUCCCACUACCUGGACGACCAGCUAACGCAGAUGGCCUUUGCCGAUCCGACGCGAAAUGGUGUUCAGAUGGCCGCCAGCAACUAUGAUCUCGGGAAUGCAACUGCCGCUGCUGCUCAAAUGUCACCCUAUAAGGGUAUUCCGCCAAUCAUUCCAUCGACUAUAACUCAACUUCCGGUGCGUCCGAAGCGAGCCUUUACCAUCGAGAGUCUCAUUGCUCCGGAUCCCAAAAAUUCGGCAAGUGAGGGACUAGUGCACAUGGAUUACGGAAGUCCCGACGUUGCCGAAGUUGCCGCGUUGAAAAAGCCGCCGUUCAAUUUGCCAUUUAAUUUCAACGAACUCGCCGCGCAGUAUCACUUGUACUUCCCGAGUUUCCUGUACAACAGCCAAUAUGGCAAUAUACCUUGCUAUCAGAAAACACCGCCGCUCUUUCAUAACGACCCAUUGCCGGUCUUUUGAUUCUAAAAGUUAUAGUUAUCCCUAGAGUUAAAUAUUGCUACAUACAUGUAACUAAAACAAAUACUCAUUAGUGGUCCUAUUAUUAUAAUUUUAUGUUAUUUACUUGUGUACUCGAUUUAUUUAAACAAAAAACUGUAUUGUAACCAGUUGAAUUUAGAAGAUCUCUAAAGUCAAUAAAGAA